UUCCAAAAUAAUCAACGACUUACAACAAUGGCAACUGAUAAAUCCAAUCUUCUCACCGUUUUCCCUCUCCGGCAGCGGCUAUUGCUCAUCUGCAUCUCACCACGAUGAACAACGGCACCGACGACGGCGGCGGAUUUCUGUCCUCAGGCAACAUCGGCGGAUACGGAUAUGGAAUCGGCGUCUCGUUAGGGCUUUUGAUUCUCAUCACUACAAUCCUCUUGGCUUCCUAUUACUGCACCAGAGUCGUCCAAUCGCCGACCUCCGGGAUUCAGAACAACGUCAAUCUCUCGCCGCCGCCGCCGCCGCGGCUGGCGGAGGAGGAUGCCGUAGUUGUCGUCGAUAUCGGAAUCGAUCAGGAGACGAUUAGGAAUUUUCCGAAAUUGCUGUAUUCAGAGGCGAAGAUUCAGAACAACGAUUCCUCUGCUUCUUGUUGCUCUAUCUGUUUGGCCGAUUACAAAAACUCCGAUGUUCUUCGGAUUUUGCCCGAUUGCGGCCAUUUGUUCCACCUCAAGUGUGUCGAUCCGUGGCUGAGGCUUCACCCAACCUGUCCGGUUUGCCGGACCUCGCCCAUUCCGACGCCGUUGUCGACUCCUCUGGCGGAGCAAGUUCCAUUGGCUAGAUAGCACAGUUGAAGAAGACGAUCGGACGGCAUUUUCUCCAUUCAUUUGUUUGUUACAGAAUCGAUCCAUCUCCUCGAUCGCGAAUCGCCAUAGUUAGAAGCUCUCACACUCAAUCCGAUUCUCCUCCAAAAUUCUUGUACUCUUUAGAAUCUUGUUAUGCUAUAAUACCACAACUUUCAACCU